CAACAGAUAUAUUAUUUUAUAUUGCAAUGAUUCCAUCAGUGGUUAUUGUAAUCAGUAUGGGAACCGUUUUAUUGGUGCUUGAGAUCCAACAAUGCCUAUUGUUGGCACGAAAAUACAUUAGAGUGUACAAUUUAUUUGAUGUGAUGGCCGGAACUGUUCUCAUUCUAAGAUCACUCUUAAUGUCCAUGGCUCAAGAUGAAACAACUAACGGUUUUGAAAAUAUUCCUAUAAGCAGACCUUUAUUGAUAUUUUUAUCAAUGACCAUCUUAGUAUUAUGGCUCGAAUUGAUUAUAGUAUGA